CACAAUCAUAUUCAUAAUAAUGAUUUUUUUCUUGAAAAUAAUUAAUUGAAUUUAAGAAGCAAAGCCCUUACUUAAUAAAUUGAAAAAGUAGCAAUUAUUUUCGUAAACUGAAUUUUGAAAACUGAAAUGUUUGAGCAACUCCGAAGAAGAAGAAGAUGAAUCUCUACGCCCACGACCUCUCUCUUCUCGAUUUCAAUUAUGGCUUCUCCGAUUCCAUCGACGAUUCCUUCUCUCUUCGUCGAACUAUGCUUAAUUCAUCCUUCGCUCAUCGCGAUGAAGAUUUCUACUACGAUCACCGCCGCACUAUGAAAUUGCAUGAUGCUGCCACCCGCAAUUCUACUGCUCCUCCCACCCACCGCCACGAUGGCACUUCGCCGCUUCCUUUGGGUAUGGAUUGGAGUCCUCCUCCUCGUAAAUGGGAAGGACGGGACUCUGUUUGGCCACAUGAUCCUCAUUCAGGAUGGAGCUAUUGUUGUGUAAUUCCUUCUUGGACUUCUAUGCCCAAAUCAAGAGGUUCAGACCCUGUAGUGUUUUAUAGGGUUCAAGUUGGUAUACAAUCACCAGAAGGUGUCACCACAGUAAGAGGGAUAUUACGAAGAUAUAAUGAUUUCUUAAAGCUUUUUACUGAACUUAAAAAGGCAUUUCCCUCAAAGAAGAUACCUCUGGCUCCUCCAAAGAAGCUUCUACCGAUAAAAAGCCAGGAACAUUUGGAACAGCGAAGGUGUUCUUUGGAGGAUUGGAUGGAAAAGUUGUUAUCAGACAUUGAUUUAUCAAGAAGUUUCCAAAUAGCAACCUUUCUUGAGCUUGAAGCUGCUGUGAGGUCUUCAUUUAAUGAUAUUGAUAAGCAAAGUUCAGACGGAGAUUCUUCUACUAGUGGUGCGGUUCCACCAUUCUUGUCACAAGAGAACUCAGAUAUGGCAUCAAAUUAUGGUGAUGAGAUGUCUUCUGAGAAAUCUGAACUUAGAAUGACGCCUGAAGGGGAAGGAAGAGUUGUAGCCACAGAUCAAAUAAGCGAGAGUAUUACUAAUGUUAAACUUCUUCGCCUCAAUGGAACUGAGUUUAUUCCAGAGCCAGUGGAUUCCAGAGCUAGUGGCCAUUCUCAGAGACUGUCAACAGAGAGUAUAGGAAGUGAUUCAAUUAGUGAUGCUGACCUUCCUGGAGAUCCAAGAAAUGCAUAUACUUCAAUAGAUGCAGAUUUACGAAUUCCUAGAGAUGUAGUUGCUACCUUUCCAGUAAAUGAGAGAAAUAAAUUGAACAGGGUCCUAAUAACAUUACAGCAGAGACUAGCCACAGCAAAAGCAGACAUGGAAGAUCUUAUAGCGAGAUUGAAUCAAGAAUCUGCCGUAAGACAGUAUCUUACAACAAAGGUCAAGGAUUUGGAAGUGGAACUCGAGACUACAAAGCAGACUUGUAUUGAAAAUAUACAACAUACUGUUUUCUCUGAAAAGGAAAAGUUUACUCAGAUGCAGUGGGAUGUGGAAGAACUUCAGAGUAAGUGCAUGAAGUUGGAGUUACAACUCAAGUCAGAAGAGGAAGGGAAAACACGUGCAGAGUCAACAAAGGAGUUAAUCAUGGAUGAGAAUAAGAUGUUAUCACAGGAGUUGGAUGCUGUUAAAGAGCAGCUUCAUAAUUUUCGGAAACAUCAUGAAGGCCUUGAGUCGAAAUCAAAGGCAGAAUUAAAGCUGCUUGUGAAAGAGGUGAAAUCUCUUAGAAAGUCUCAGUCAGAACUGAAGGAAGAACUUAGUAAACAAAUGAAAGAAAAAUUGAAAUUAGAGAGGGUUGUUGAAAAGGAAAAGAAAAAGGCAGAACUUGCAGAUGCAGCUAAUGAGAAACUGCUUCACGAAUGCGAAAUUCUUCGUAGUAGGCUUGAUGAAUGUAGUGUUAGUUUCCUUGUUGAAGAGGAAGAUAAGUUAGUUUUGGACACUUCAUUACCUUCUGACACUAUGGAUUUACUAACAACAUCCGACAAUCGAAUCGGUCUUCUUCUUGCUGAGGCACAGCUUCUGGCCCAGGACAUGGAAAAUCUCGAUGAGUCGCAUACCGAUAAAGUCAACGACAAUGUCAACACUUUGAGGAAAAGUGAAGAUAAGUUGAGGCAGAUUCUAACAGAUACACUAGUUGACAAUGCCAUAUUAAGGAAGCAAGUCAACUCAGUUAUACGAUGUGCCCUGAGAACAAGUUCCAAAGAUAAUGACAAUGAAGAGGAUACCACUUCGAGGAGAUCCGUUCUUAGCAAAUUUUUAGAAAACUAACUAUUGCAAAUAUCAAUAUGUAAAUUCAGUCGUAUGUUCAUAUAAAUAAAUAAACAAAUAAUUUCCCACAUAAUUUUGGUGGUUGUCUUAGUAUUAUGAAUAUUGGAUGCUCGGAAUGUGCAUUGUAUAAUAUAAUUAUUAUUUUUUUCUUAAUAAA